UUCAGUGGCUCACAAACGCCAAACCGAACCACAACUAUCCUUGGAUCCCCAAGCUUUCUGGAUCAGCACGCGUACUACAGUGUGAUUAUGAUUUCAUGAACCAAGUCAUAAUCUACCGACACGUCACGGACGACAUCCCCAUGCAUCCUGGCACUUCGCUCUCUGCUGAAGGGAUCAGGGCUAUCAUGAACAAGCCGGAAUAUGGUCUUGCUCAUGUUGGAGGAACCUUCGGCGACUUUGGCAACUCUUCUGUUGGAGGACGCAAAAUUUGUGACAACUGCUACCUGUUACCUGGUACAAGAUAUGCAAGAGGGAUUGCCGAAAAGGGGUGCAUUCCACACGAACAGAACAAUAGAGUUUGUACGAACUGCUUGGCGUUUGGUCGUCCGUAUUGCUCAUGGACAGCUGAUCUCUCUGCCGAUAGUCAGCCUAUGAUCGAAAAGUUUCGAUAUUUGCUGGGCUAUCUGCCCAUCAAGGAUGUUUCUUCAAGCAUGCAGGGAUUUACUCAGCAAUUCAUCAGCCUUCCCGACGAGCCUAUGUUAGAAGAUGACGGCAGCGAGGGUGGCAAUGUUGAGGAUGAGAAUGGGAGAGAUGAUGAGUAGAGUUAAAUUCCCUUGCGUUCUAGGUUUCAUGGGGAUCAUGCUUUGUCAGAGUGUUCCUUGCAGGAUGUUCUCAUCCGCAUGUCGGGUGGGUCCGGGGGUUUCUUUUUCUUUCAUCUUCUCCUUUUCUGAAUAUCUUUUAUAUAAUGAUUUUCAAACACUUCCCUGGAAUGCGGCCUAGAUUCAGUCUUUAUUAAGAAUGAAACAAUUGCGCUCUAUCAAAAAUGG